AUGGCAGAUGCAACAACUACAAACUGUACUGUUUGUGAGGCACAGUCCGCUGUAAAAGCAGCUGUGAAGUGGUGUUCAGAAUGUGAGGAAACCUUUUGUCUCGACUGCCUAAAGUACCAUAGCAACGCCAAGUCAACAAAAAGUCAUGCCGUCAUUGAUGUAAGUGAUCAGAAAGAGCUGCCUGAUUUCGUACUGAACAUAAAGCAGCACUGUGGUGAACAUGGAGCGCUAUUCCAGAACUAUUGUUUAAGUCAUGAACAACCAUGUUGUAGGAAAUGUAUCAACUCCACCCAUAAGAACUGUAUAGAUAUGCCACCUCUAGAUGAUUUCAUCAAAGAUGUCAGCAAGUCAGCAGCUGUAGAAGACAUUCAAAAACGUCUACAAAACCUUAAAAGGUAUUAUGAGCGUCUCUGUCAAGAAAAAGAGGAAAAUGCAAAAGAAAUAAAGACCCAGUCGAAAGCUAUCAUUGCGCAUGUCAUGUUCACCCGACUUAAAUUGAAUCAGCAUUUAGAUUGUUUAGAGAGGGAUGUCCUAAAGAAGGUAUCUAAACAAGAAAAUAAUGCACUACAAAAGAUGGGAACAAUUUCGAGGGACUUAAAAGUGAAGGAGGAUAGAAUAGUCGAUUUAUACAAAGGCUUCAUAAAAAUGCAAAAUCAUGCGUCAGAACUUCAGAUAUUUCUCGGAACCAAGGAAUUCGAAUUAGAAGUAAGAAGGCGGGAGAAUGAAAUUGACGAAUUGACAAAAGAUGAUUCGUUAGACAUAAAAUGCAUUGUGUUCCAAGAAAAUAUAGAACUUGCCUCUUUUACUAGUGACGUUAGUUCUUUCGGUGAUAUUGGAAUACAGGUUACUCCAUCAAAAACCAUUUACACAAAGCCAAAAGAGCAACAAGCACAGACUACAGUUGAGAAGAAAAAGAUUGAUGAUAUCAAUCUGAAAUUGUUAAAAGAAGUUAAAUUCGCGGAAAGCUAUAUAUCUGGAUGUGCAAUUUCGGAAGAUGAUACUUUAUGUAUUGCUGGUCCGAAUACAAAAACAUUUCUUUUGAAAAGUACAAAUGAAUCUUUGAUGCACAAAAUUACUCUACCUGAUAAGCCGUAUGACAUUACCUAUAUAAACGAACACACCUUAGCAGUUACGACAUCAAAUUACAGCAGCACAAUAUUUAUCGUCAACCUGGAGACAAAAAAGGUCGAGAAAACCAUCAAUACUGAAUACAGAUGCUAUGGAAUAUCCUUUUCGGACGGGAACUUGAUAGUCCAUUCUUCUGAUAUAGGACUGAUCUCACUAAAUCUAGAGAGCGGUAUAGUAACUGAACUUGGUAUUGGAAAUAAGGUGUGUGAUACUUAUGUCGCUGUGCAUGAUGGUAAAAUAUACUGUACUAAUCCGGUAUGUCAUUCCAUACAGUGCUACAAUGUCGACCAAUCACUUGCCUGGGAAUUCAAGGACAAAUCGUUGAUCGCACCACGAGGUAUAGCGGUUGACAAAAACGGAAUGGUUUAUGUCGGUGAUCAGGGAGGCGGAAACGUGCUUAUUAUCUCCCCUGAUGGAAGCAAACACAGAGUUAUAAAGAUCGAUAUGAUUCCUAGGCCAAGGACACUCAGCUUUAAUAAGGCAAGAACUCGUUUGCUUAUAUGCGGCGUAGACGGUCCAGUAGGCAUAUUUGUUAUCACGUAA